AUGAGAAACUCACUCAAAGCCUUGCUACUCGUUCUACUUUUAGGCGAUGUGUCUGCCAAAAAAAGUAGUAAAACUUCGAACAAGGCACCGGCGAUAACGUCAGUACCCAUUAAUACGGAUAUAUCUAAUAUACUUGAUCAAGUGUUCAAAAAUAUGAAAUAUCAGGCGCCAAAGGAUUGUAAACCACUUCCAGGAGGAUCGAUUGUAAAUGUAUGCAAUAACGGCACAGAUCCCUUACUGAAAAUCAAAGAAUUCACUAUAGAUCCAUAUCCAUUGGUCCCGGGUCAUGUCACAUUCAACAUGAUUUAUGAACUGGAGAAGGAAAUUCCACAAGGAACAUAUCUUCGGAUCACUAGUUUUUCAGAAGAUGGUCCCAUAUUUGACGGACAAGUAGACUUUUGUCAGUAUGCUACAUUUGCAGAAAUAAAAUGUCCCGUUCCUGCUAGUAAUGAGCCAUUACAUAUGAAACAAGUAUUGGAAGUGCCGGAUGACGUUCCAAGAGGUGUAUACUCUUUUUUCUUCACGGCCUGGAGUCCAGACAAUGAGCUGUUCACCGGUAUUGCUGCUAACAUGCAAAUCGAUAACAAGAAGCUGUUCAUACCAUCUGUCCAUGGAGACGACCUAUAA